UUUUCCUCCCAGCUGGUGUUUGGGAUGGUGGAGCAUCAUCUGUGGCUGUCGCUAUGGGAACGCCCCCCCCACAGCAGGUUCUCUCGGGGUCAGAGGGUCACCUGUAGUGCCGUGGUGCUGCACUUGUACCUGGCUCUGGGGGCGCUGUGGUACGGGGCCGUGGGCACACAGGGACUCAGUGGCCCGGUGUCAGCGCGGCUGCUGGUGAACAUGGAGGCUGUUUCUGUUGGGAUGACGGUCGCUGCUCUGGUGUUUCCUCUGCAGUGGUUCCUCUGUUUCCUCUUCAGAAAGUCUCACAGUCAGGUAACCGUGGAUACGUCCGUCCCUCCCUCCCCCGUCUGUCACUCUGUGGAGAUGGACGUCUUCCUCGGCCAAUCAGAUCUCUCCGGCCCGUCCUUCCUGUCUCUCUCUGACUCCUCCUCCGGCCCGUCAUCUUUACUGGACAGCAAGGCGUUGGACUCCAGUAUUCUGGACUUCUGGGCUGCGUCUGGUUUGGCCCCGCAGAAAGAUAAGAUGUCAUGUGACAGCCUCCUCAACCUCCCAGCAUGCACCACUGAGACCGCGAUCCUCUGCAAGGCUUCACCUUCAUCCCGUCAGCUGAGGAGGAAGAAGCAGAUCCGCCUCGCUGCACCCGCCUCCAACAAAACGCCUACAAACCAAAACAUGAAGAGCAACUUAGUGCACGUUCACAGCCAGAAUCUGACCACGCUUCUGACGCUGUCUGAGGAGGAUCUUCUGAUGUCUAUCGCAGCAGCAUCAGAGGACUCAGCAGAUUUAAAUCACAGCACCUCAGACAGCGGGCGAGACUCUCCUCGAACCAUCUCCUCUCUCUCCACCACGCGCAGCAGGUCCUGCAGCAGCUGGUCUGAGGUCAGUGAGUCUGUGUUUGGACUCUUCAGGUCUCCCUCUGUGAUCUCCGUGGACUCGGUGGCCAGCACCUUCCUCCCCAGUCCGUCUCCAGACUCCAGCAGGUCCCCCUCCAUCACGCGCAUAGGUGUAUCUCGAGGGGACCCCGGCCUGCUGCUCCCCCCCUGGACUCUCACAGUGAUGUACCCCCUGCUGGGUUCACUUCUCAUCGCCUCUCUGGCUGUUAUUGGGCUGUACGGCAGCUCCUUCUCCAGAGCGCUCGUCCUCAUGUGGCUGCUGUCGUCUCUCUCUGCGUUCCUCACCUCUGCUCUGCUGCUGGAGCCUCUCAAGGUGUGUGUGCAGGCUCUGAUCUGCACAUUAUGGUGGAGGCCUGUGGACCCAGAGGUGGAGGAUCACCUGGCUCUGCAGAGCUCGGUGGAUCUGAGGGGGUUUGGAGACGAUGGAGGGAGGGUCCGGCCCCCCUGUGGCUUCAGUCUGCUGCAGGCCAGAGAGGAGGCGCGCAAACUCAGAGCUCUGAGGGCCCUCAUGAGGCGCUGUGUGAGCCAGCUGUCCUUCCUGCUGCUGGUUCUGAUGCUGAACUAUCAGGCCGGGGUGGAGCAGAGAGACGCUCGGCUGCUGAGAUCCUCCGUCAGACGGGAGCUUCACUCAGAGGGGGGGGGGGCAGAACCUCACCUCACUCAGGGGCUGGUCAGACGCUGAGCAGUGGAUGAUCCAGACUUUGGUGCCUCACCUUCACCAAAACCCAACACUUCAGCUUGUUGGAUUACCCCGUCUGCAGCACACACACACUCUCCGUCCUCACACACACACUCU